AUGGAGGAGGCGGCGGCGAUGCAGCCGGCGGCGGAGGAGGGGCCCAGCGCCCCCAAGAUCUACAAGCAGCGCGGCCCCUACAGCGUCCUCAAGACGUUCCCGGGCAAGAGGCCGGCGCUGGCCCGGCGCUACGAGCGCCCCACGCUGGUGGAGCUGCCGCCGCCCGGCCGGCCGCCCCCGCCGCCCUUCGCGCCGCGCGCCGCCGGCUCCAGCGGCUGCAGCGAGCCGCCGCCGCCGCCGUUCCCCGCGCCCAGCGCCUACCCCCCGGCGCCCGGCCGCGCGGUCACCGCCGCCGCCGCCCCCUCGUCGUCCUCGCCCUCCGCCGCCCCCCAGGGGCCCCCGAGGACGCCCGCCGCCCCCGCCGCCGCCGCCUCGUCCUCGUCCUUCGCCGCCGUCGUCCGGUUCGGCGCGGGGCCGGCGGCCGGCGCGGGCAGCAGCGGAGCCGGCGCUGACGGGGCGAGCCUGGAGCUCAGCGCAGAGAGUCGCAUGAUCUUGGAUGCCUUUGCCCAGCAGUGCAGUCGGGUUCUUAGCCUCCUAAAUUGCGGAGGCAAACUUUUGGACUCCAGCCAUUCCCAGUCCAUGAUUUCCUACGUAAAGCAGGAAGGCUCGUGUUAUACCGAGAGACAGGAUCCGUGUCACGUGGGGAAAGGGGUCCACAGUCAGACUGCAGACAAUGUAGACCUAGAGAUGCAAUAUAUGCAAAGGAAGCAACAGACUUCUGCCUUCCUGAGAGUUUUCACCGACUCCCUGCAAAACUACCUGCUCUCGGGGAGCUUCCCAACCCCAAACGCCUCGUCCGUCAGCGAGUUCGGCCACUUGGCCGACGUGGACCCUCUGUCCACCUCUCCCGUGCACACACUGGGAGGCUGGACCUCCCCGGCAACGUCUGAGUCCCACGGUCACCCGUCGUCCUCUACACUGCCCGAAGAGGAGGAGGAGGAAGAGGAGGAGGAAGGCUACUGCCCCAGGUGCCAAGAGCUGGAGCAUGAGGUCAUUUCCCUGCAACAAGAAAACGAAGAACUCCGACGGAAAUUAGAGAGCAUCCCAGUCCCCUGCCAGACGGUUCUAGAUUACUUGAAGACGGUGCUACAGCAUCACAACCAACUCAUGAUCCCACAGCCAGUUGAGCAGCCCUCCGAGGGAAGCAAGCAGCUGUUGAACAACUAUCCUGUCUACAUAACGAGCAAACAGUGGGACGAGGCUGUAAAUUCUUCAAAGAAAGACGGGAGGCGGCUCCUGCGGUACCUCAUCAGAUUUGUUUUCACAACCGAUGAGCUUAAGUACUCGUGCGGCCUUGGGAAAAGGAAAAGAGUUCAUUAG